CCACCAUCAUGGCGCUGAAUGAGUAUGCCGUGCUUGUUGCUUCGGAGGACCACUUGGUCACUCCGAUCUUCCACCAUCGGUUCGCAGAGUUUCUCGGCGCUCUGAAGGAGUCGGGGUAUGCGCAUGAGUAUACGAAGGAACAGUCUUCUGCGUCGUACAAGGCUUAUAGCGCGUUCGUGGAUGCUAUGGAGACUGAGGUUGAGGAUAUUCCGGAGAAGAAGGGUUUGUGGCGGAACUAGUUUGCUUCUGGAGUAUCUUGCUUUUGUCUUAGUGUUGAAAUGAGUUUCAUUCAAUGAUAUGGAGUUUUCUGUGAUCCAUCCAUAGAGCCAUUGCAGUAGUAUCGACCUCAGUGACAGCCACCUGUACACCUGUAGCACUCUGUACUUGCACCAUGGCCGUCGGGCUGUCUCAUGUCAACUUUAUAUUUUGACUCCGGUCAGCGCUGUAGCCCAACUGCUCCAUACUCUAUACUCCGUACACUUUCCAUAUUUGACAGAGAGUCGUGUCCUAAACCGGCUCAUGCCAUUAUGGCGUGGCUGGCGUGGCUGGCGUGGACAAGGUGGAUAAGGUGGCUGGUGAGUACGCGUUGCUGACCGCCUUGGAC